CUGCAAUUAAAAGUUCUAAUACGAAAAAUGUAAUCCGUGUGAAUCUAGUGCGCCAAGAGAAUUAUAUUAUCUCUUCCUUAUUAAUAUUAGUUGUAAUAAACGAGUUAUAUGCGAACACAAAUAUUGAUUGUGCAAUAGAUUAGUAAAUCUACUGAUAAUGUUUGUAAUUAAACAAGUGAAUGAUCAAUUAUUCCAUGUAACAACGAAAUUGGAAAGAAAAACUUGCAUUUAGUGACAAAGAAAAAAGCGGAAGAUAGAAACAAAGGUGGAAUAAAAGUGCAAAGGGUAAACAGAUGAAUGAAAUGAAUAGCAAAUAAAAUGAACCAUACAAAGGCCGAAUCAAGACGCAUAAAAUAUAGCAGUGGACGAAGAAAAAUCAAAUAAAAAUAAAUUGUCGAUUUUUUUUAUUCAUUCGCAGUAUCUGUAUUAAUUUUUUAGAAUACACAGUGUUAUAUUAUUGUGCCCACGUAAAAUAAUAAGAUAUUGACACAAGUAAAAAAGAAUCAAAUAAUUCCAUGUGAUUCGUUCAAUCCUUAGUGCAGUUGCAUAAAAUAACAAGCUGUAACGCGCUGACGUCAAUAUUGAAACGAAAUAAAAAACUGACCGUAAUAGAAGUUUUUGACCGAAUUGUUGGAAAUUAAUAUUGGUUAAAUGGAGGGAACGGAUGGAUCACCCCCACCUUCCUUGUGUAUUGUGCGCGCCACUGAGUUUUUCCCAAGAUUAAACAUGGAAAAAGAAGAUGCAGACUUGGAAGUACCCUAUCAAGAACUUGCUGGGGAAUUUGUCUUAUAUCUGGGACGUACUGAUGAUGGCAUUUUGUCGCUCUCAACAUACCGUAUAUUUAUACUUAAAAACUCUACCAACUCAGAGACAUCCGUGCCACUGGGACUAAUCGAAAGUUUACAGAUACGUGACCUGUUUCAUCUAAUCAUCAAUUGCAAGGACGCUAGCACCGUUAAAUGUUCCUUUGAAACAGCUGAACAGUGCGCCGAAUGGCUACGACGUAUACAGUUGUGCGUCGGUGUGCCAGAAACCUUAGAAUCGCUAUUCGCAUUUCCCUUUCACUCGUACAUGAGUGAUGCAAUAAAUAUGCAAAGCGAAGCUUAUAAUUCGCCCGAGUACCUGGAACGCUUACAACGCGCUAAACGUGCAGACGAAGAUUUUAUGCGCGAAAUCAUACGACUCGGUUUCGAUUUGAACGGAACGUGGCGUAUUUCCAAAACGAAUGAAGACUUUAAAUUAUGUCCGUCAUACCCGCAACGGUUACUGGUGCCGGCCUGCAUUUCGGAUGACAUGCUUUACGAGGUAGCGAAAUUUCGUGGCUCGAGACGAUUGCCAGCCGUUGUGUGGCGUCACAAAAAAUCCGGUGCAGUAAUUGCACGCUGCAGUCAACCCGAAGUGGGUUGGUUUGGUUGGCGUAACAACACAGAUGAACAAUUACUCAAAGCUUUGAGCGAGGCGUGUGCAUUUGAUCGAGGUGAACAAUUGCGUCGCCAAAGUCAGUCUAUCAACACGGCGGUACGAAAAUUGACAUCGAGCGAGAGUACACCCUCAAGCACUGACGGCAGUCAUGAGGAAGUAACGAUGGAUGAAGUGCAGAAAGUCCUUAUUGUCGAUGCGCGCAGCUACGCUUCCGCGGUAACGAAUCGUGCACGCGGAGGUGGUUGCGAAUGCAUUGAAUAUUAUCCGUCGGCUGAAAUCGAGUUCAUGAAUCUGGGUAACAUACAUGUUAUACGUAGGAGUUUUCAAGCGUUAAGACAACUAUGUGCUUCGCCAGCAGAUUGUCAAAAUUGGCUAGGCAUGCUCGAGAAGACAUUGUGGCUGCAACAUCUCUCUGGCUUGUUGGCCGCUGCCGUAACUGUUUGUCAUGCUAUUGAGAAGAAAGGGCGGCCAGUGUUGGUGCACUGUUCGGAUGGCUGGGAUCGCACGCCACAAAUUGUGGCCACAGCACAAUUGUGCUUGGAUCCAUACUACCGUACUGUGGAGGGUUUCCGCGUAUUAGUCGAACGUGAAUGGUUGAGUUUUGGUCAUAAGUUUUCCGAUCGUUGUGGUCAUGGCCCUGGUUCGGAUGAGCUGAAUGAACGUUGUCCAGUUUUCCUGCAAUGGUUGGAUUUGGUACAUCAAAUACACAAACAAUUUCCUUGUAGUUUUGAAUUCAACAUGGCAUAUUUGAUCAAAUUAGCACAACAUUCACAUUCAUGUCUUUUCGGCACCUUCCUAUGUAACACAUACAAGGAACGUUGCGAAAAGUCAGUGUUUGAGCGUACUUACUCAGUCUGGCCUUUCCUAUCAGGACCUAUGUAUAGAAGUCCACUUUAUUUACCAAACAAAGAUACGGUUAUUUGGCCUGCGCACAAUGUACGGGAUCUACACUUAUGGACUGAAGUUUAUUUGGGAAGUUUGGGAAAUCAAAAUAGCGUCGAAUUCGUAAAUAAUAGCAACGAAAAUUUGCAGGGAACGACAACUCCUUUGGCUAAGACGCGUUCUUACGGCGAUUUAGUGUCAGCAAAUAUCAUGCAGAGUGGCAUCUCAAGACGUUCCAGCGACCCAAAUAUGACUGUGGAACCGAAUUUAACAAUGGCUACAAAUUCUGAAAACAACUCCAUCGCCGAUACACAAUCCGAACGUGAUGAUUUGCCAGAUAAUGUAAUUGAAACGAUGCAGCGAAUUGAUAAUUUCACCACUCAGCAAAAUAAUCAUGAUGAAGGCAACUUUAUGGAUGCCGCAAACACUGCAGAGAACCCACAAACUAUUAAUUCGCAGUCUAGAGAAUUGUAUAGGCCUAUCAUUAAUACUGAAACGACUGUAGACUACAACAACAGAGCACUAUCAGCUUUAAGCAAAAAUGAGCACCAAGAGCACAAUGAAAAAAAUUAUAAUUCAAAUGACAUUAAGCCUAAGGCUAACGGUAUUGAACACCAAAAUGGCAAUACGAAGGCUGCCCACAGUAGCAGAGAUAUUAGAGAUUCGGGAGGUGGCGACGAUUCAAACGAAUUUAAAGCAAAUACAAACGACGAUCUUAUGAUAAGUGUAGAAUUGAGUGAUGCAGCCUUGGGCAGACACAGCAAUUGGCAUGGCGCUGUCAGCACUAGCACAGAUACUUUAGUACCCAUCGAAAGAAGACCAAGUACUAAUGGCGAAGAAAUAUCGUACUCGCCUGCCAAAAUGGAAGUCGAUGUUAUAGAUGGUUUUCGUACACCUGAAAAACUAUCCACAUUGGCGGACAAAGAAGAGCUUGGCUUAAGUUCUCCGUAUGUUCUAUUAAAACAAGAGCGACAAAAUUCUUCAACUGGUAAUGGCAACAAUGACAACAGACCUAACGCCAAUGGCGUUAAUAACAGUAUUAUGCCAAAUGUUCAUGGCACAAACGGUACCUCGAAUCGUCAAAUCUUGUCAAAUUCAUCUAGUAAUACCUCCGUUUCAUCUACAUCGUCUUCACUCAAUAAUUUAAAUACAAACAUGAAUAAUACCAACAGUAAUAGUAACAACAGCAUCGCAACAACAAUGACAACAGCUACAGAUCAAAGCGCAAAAGAUGUUGCUACAAUAGAUGUAGAAGCUUGUAUUGCUGCUACAGGCGUACAAGCGAAUUCAACUGAUGUCAUGAAUGAAAGCAUCAUGAUUUUGCCAGAACAUCGAAAAUUGCAAAUAUCUGUAAGUGGCAAGUGUGAGGCUAUCUCGAAUAACGGUUCGUCCUUACCAACAUCCCCAACAGGCUCUGACGAAAAGCCAAGUACUAGUCGUGCAAGUGGUCAAAACGGUAGAGGUGAGAAUGUUUGGAAUGGCAGAGGCACUGAGGGCGGUAGACAAAAUAAGAGUGGUGCCGGUGGUAGUAAAAGUGGUGCAGCCGGUGGUAGUGGUGCCGGUAGUGGAGCCGAUGGUAGCGCCGGUAGUGGUGUCAGUCGCGGUGGCGAUGGUGGUGACAGUCAUGGUGGUGAUAAUGGUAACGGUGAUGCUGGCAGAGCGGGUGGUGAUGCCGCUGGUGGUGAGGAAAACGGACAACGCCGUCGACGCCCUUCAAAUUCAAAUCGUCAAUAUGAUGGAUUUCACAUACGACAACCAGACGGAAGCAUACGUUAUUUUUUUACGGGUAAUCGUAGGCCUGGUAUACGCUCCUUACCGUUGUCACCGCCACCACGUCAGGAACGACCUCACCUGUUAUAUUCCUGCCCUGACGGUUUGGCGCAUGCGCUAAGCGAACAAAAUAUGCGUCUACAUCAAAUUGUGCAAGAACAUAUGUUAAGAGAGGAUAUUCUAUUGCAAGAAAUUCAUGAUAUGGAAAUUGAACUGCGAAGGAAAAGAUGUCCAAAUUGUAAUGCCGCUCAAAAUAGUGAUAAAAACGAAGAACAGUGUUCAGUGGCCGAUAAUUUAGAGAAUGCUUCAAUAUGCUCAUGGGAGGCUGUGGAAGAUCGCAGCGCUCCAUCAUCUAGCGCUAGUUCCUCCAUACAACAACCAAACACCACAAGUGCCCUCUGGGUACCAGACCAUGCUGUGAAACGCUGCACCAGCUGUCAAGUCGAAUUCUGGAUAGGCCGCAGAAAGCAUCAUUGCCGCUCUUGUGGGCAAAUAUUUUGCGCCGACUGCUCUGAGUUUUGGGCACCGCUACCUGAUGCAAAGCUUUUUAAACCUGUAAGAUUGUGUGGACCCUGCUAUCUUGCCGUAACUACGAGAAUAGAGCAACAGAGCAACGCAAUCAUUGCAACAAAUAUGCCAAAUUAUACAGCCACAACCACCAGCACAACGGCCAAUGCUGCCUGGACGACUGGAGGAGCCUCGCGAAGUUCGCCCAAAUUAGCGGUGUCUGCAGUCUCCAAUGCAACGGCAGUCAUAACCACAACAACAACUACACCUGCGUCCAGCACCAUAACGGCGACAGUGCUACAACAACAACAACAACAACCGCAGCGGCAACAACAACCUAAACAGCGACAUAAUGUAGCAACAGCAACUACAACAACUAAUGGAGCAUUAACUAACUUGCAUCAGCCAGUUGCAGUACACGGCAUCGCUGUUGCCACUGCAAAUACACCUGCCUCAAGUACACGGAUCAUGGCGCCAAUACCCAUAACAGCCGCGGCAGCAGCUGCCGCAGACGCGCUACAACAGCAGCAACAAAGACAAAAUGCAGCAGCAGCUGCAGCGACUGCAAGCGCUACCGUGGCCGUUGCAGCGGCCGAGAGCAGCAGCAUGUCGCACAUAUUAAUGACAGCGAACAAAAAUAUUGCAGCUAGCGUUGCAAAUUAAUGAACAAGAGCUAAAGCCUAAAGUGCAUCAUUUAAUUUUAUUUCGUAGCAGAAAUUGAAUUUUAAUGAUCAUUAUUUUUAUAAGAGACACCUCUAACUAAAAUGCUGUUAAAUCUGCUCGUAAGUAAGUUUUAGCAGCUAAUGUUGUGCUACUACAUCACACUACGGAGAGUGGCGAACGCGAGAGAGACUGUGCUGCCAGACUGUCGGCAACUUUGUUGCUAUCGUGCCUAGACAUGUGUGGAUUAUAAUGCUUAACGCCGCGUGCUUGUAUUAUUUUUUGAAAUACGUCGUAUACGUCGACUUUUGUUUCUUAACUUUUUAACUAUACAGUGGUCCGGUAAUGUACUAUUGCAUACGUUUGACCAUUGUAUAUGUUUAUUUUAUAGUAAUUCUCAAGAUAGAAUUUUACACUAAGAAUUUAUUUUAAAUUAAACUAACUCUUUGCAUAAUUAUUGAAAAAGGGAAAAUCGGGAAAUGCAAUUGCGGCGUCGAAGUGGUUUUUGCAACAAAAAUUUAUUUUAUAAAAUACAUUUUUUAAGUAAUUUCAAAAUGUAUUGAAUUAAUUAAGACACUUGACUUUAUAUGUAUAUGUGUACCUUUAAAAAUUGUUGAUUGGCGCUAAAUGGUAAACUAUUUUAGAGAAAACGUUAAAAUGAACUAAACAUUAUUGGAAAAUUUGAAAAACUUGCACUAAAUAAUGAAUUGAAAUUUGCUUUACAUGCGUUAUUUAAUUUGGUGCAUUUUAUUCACUUUCAUUAUUUGUUGUUACGAGUAUAUUACUACAGAAAAACAAAAUCGCAGAAAAACGAGUUAUAGCAAAAGUAAUAAAUUAAAAACAAAAAUAUAAAAUUGUAAUCGAAAUGAAAGAUAGUAAAAUCAUAAACCAAAAAUUAUAUAUGUAUAUGUAUAGAUAUAUAUAUACACACAUACACACAAUAUUGACGAACACAUUGAUCGUGUAAUUGUUUAAAAUGAAACAAGCAACUAGAAGCUGCGUGCUUUUACUUACUAAUAAAUGUGAAAUUUACAAUAUUUGAUUAUUUCUAAGGGAAUAUUUAAUGCAAAAUGGUUAUGUUUAAAUUAACUUUUCCCCUCCCUCCCACUAUAUUGAACACAAUUGAAUGUAUGUAUGUAUUAACUAUUAGGAAUUUUAAAUAUUAAAGAAAUUUAUCAUUAUUGCUUAUAACAAAAUAAAGCAGAAAGCAAAUGAAAUAC